AUGCCCCGCGAUAUUCAGAUCCAAGUGAAACAAGUGAGAUCACACGGAGUAGCGGACAUUUUGCAGAACCAGGAACAAGACAGGUUAGCUGUAGAUGAUCAUCGAUUAGCGGCGGCCACCCACUAUGACCAACCAACCCUCAGCAUAUCCAGCGUUAAGUCUAUACACCUUGGAUUUGGAAUUGACAAGAUUCUUUCUGAUGAUGUCAAACCAAAAAACUCCGGACACAAUAUUCGUCAAGAUAUAGAUGUUGCUGAAAACGAAUCGGAGAACGAUCAUUCACGGACAAUUUGUCAGCCCAAUAUUAUGUACCCGUCUACAGCCUCCCAACCAUCUGUAAUGUACACAACAAAUCAUCUGGUGUAUUCACACAAUAUAGAAUCGUCUUCUCAUUAUCAUCAUCUUUAUGGUCAGGACUGCCACAAUCCUUACAGUUACCAAGGACCAUACACCGUACUGACGCCCCACGAUGGAUGGAGACCAAUGCACCAUCAACAGCAUAAACGAAAACGUAGUUGGUCGCGGGCAGUCUUCACCAAUCUGCAACGAAAAGGUCUGGAAAAGCGAUUUGAAAUACAGAAGUACGUGACCAAGCCCGACAGACGGCAACUCGCUGCCUCACUUGGACUUACAGAUGCACAGGUGAAGGUAUGGUUCCAAAACCGUCGAAUGAAAUGGAGACACACAAAGGAAAUGCAAACUAAGAAUAAAAAUGAAAAACAUGACCACCACGACGACGAAUACGACGACGACGAUACCAACUUGAAGGAACAGGAUAAUCCGAAAACUAGAAAAUACCAUGACAACACACCAUCAAACAGAAAAUCACGUGGUACAGAGUAA